AUGGGCCUCAACUACGGCUUUACCAUUGUGGCCAUGAUGGCCGUCGCCCUCCGCUUCUACGUGCGCAGGAAGGUUGGGAACCGGGCAUGGGGGUGGGACGACUGGCUGAUGCUGGUCGCCGUCAUCUUCCAGGUCGUCUGCGAGUGCCUGUUUGCACUGUCGUUCAAGCACGGCUUCGGCAAACAUGACUACAGCAUCCAGAAGCCAGACCAGUUUGUCGAGAUCAUGAAGUGGGCCUGGAUUGCCCAGGGGUUCGGCCAGGUCACGUCGAUCGUGGCGCGCCUGUCCAUCACCAUUUCGCUCAUCACCCUCUUUGGCGUCCACCGAUGGUUCAAGUGGUUCCUGAUCGUGCUGACCACAGUGCAAACCAUGCUUGGCACCGCCAUGCUCGUUCUUUCGUACGCUCAGGUGCGCCCGCUGGAGGCCCUGUGGAAUGUCUUUAUGGACCCUGCCAAGGUCUGGCGCCUCGACACAAAAUACUUUAUCAACCUCGGCUACCUCACACAGUCUGUGUACACCUUUUCCGACGUGGCUUAUGUCGUCAUCCCGGUCGGCAUCAUCUGGCGGCUCAACAUGACACUGCACCGCCGGCUGGGCCUGAUCGCCCUCCUGGCCGCCAUGCUCUUCACCGCCGCCAUGUCCAUCCUCAAGACCUACACCAUCCACUGGCAGGGAGACCCAACCAUCACGGAUCCGCUCUACCGCAACAGUUUGCAGGUGCUCUAUGCCAACCUCGAGCAGACUAGCGUCAUCAUCAUGGGUUGCGUCCCGUCCCUGCGCGCCAUUGUCAACGUUGAAUUGCCGUUUGGGCUGUCCCGCCUCGGCCAGUCGGUGGCCAGUUUUCUGGGAAGCCGACGGUCGGCCACAAGCAAGGGCAGCGGCUUGUCCUUUCAGAAAGGGACCGGGAGCGGCGGCAGCGGGGGGGUCAGCUCCAAGCUCAAAUCAUUUGGCUCGUCGACGGUGGCGUCGAGGUAUGAUCAUGACGCGACAUAUGCCGGGGGCUUCUACCAGGAUCUGGAACUCGGAACGCACAGUCUCGGGAACCAUCACAGGUUCGGCACCAAAGUCCCGGUGGUCAUGUCUGUCAGCCACAAUGUCGGCAGCCCCGGGGCUCCAACGCCCCCUUCCAGCGGAGGGCAUCAUGGAGGCAGCACCGAUCAUCUUGUGCCGCCUGGUGGUGGGAACUACGUUGUGCGGACAGAUCAGUUUUCGGUUCAGGAGUCAUAUCAAGGUCCAGGAAAGGCGCAGUGA